AUGUCUCGUGCAGUCUCGUGCCCCAUUUGCAUUUCGCCUACAGCACUAAGGUUUGACUUUCACUUUAGACGACCCAAUUGUACCCUCAUAGCCCAAAAGUUAACGUUGUUUGUACCGAUCUUCUCAUCAUUCCAGGUCGACGAGGACAAGAAGACUCACGAGCAGAUGCAUAAUCUGAUUGAGCGAUUGCAGAGCAAGCUGCAAACCUACAAAAUUCAGAUUGAGACGACCGAAGAGAUAGCUGCCGUCAAUUUGGCCAAAUACCGCAAGAUUCAACACGAAAUCGAGGACUCUGAGGAGCGAGCUGAUCAGGCCGAGCAGGCAUUGCAAAAGUUGCGUGCCAGAAAUAGAUCUUCUCUACCCAGCACCAAAGGAAUCAGUAUGGGUCUACUUCCCGUAAGUUCGACAGCUUGUCUGCGACUAGCCGAUUCUAUCACUUUUAUAAACAUACUGAAUUUGCUAGAAAUCCUCUAUCCUGCAAUUUUUCUUUAUUGUCACCCAAACCUGACUCAAAACCAGAUUGUUUACGUCAAGUGGUACCUUAGGCAACCUAAAGCUACUAAAGUCUUUGGUUAA